CUAUGAGCUAUAAUUAGAAAUCAAAAAAUGCCUGUCAGACCCAGAGGAGCAACAAAGUGAGAAUUUGGGGGGUUUUCUUUGACGGAGGAGACACAUUUGUCCACAAGGUUCACCUGAUACGACGAAGUGCUGAAUGGAGACGCGGUCUUUACGCACAAUAUAUAGACUCCUCCCAGACAUGCCUGGAAGAAAACCUCUUGUUACAGUAGGAGCUGGCCACUGACAGAGGCUCCAUCCACGCUGACUGAUGCCCAACAACCCCUGAUUACGCGUUUAUAGUUUGCAGGUUUUUACGCGUAGGCAUACAAAAUGAAAGCCUUUAUUUCGACAGUGACAGUGUUGUGGGUGAUAACAAUACCCUGCAUGGAUGCUAUCCACGGAUUGUACAGUUUUGGCCAGCAUGAAUUAUUCUUCAAAAAGAAUAACUGCAAGCCAAUUCCUGCAAAUCUCCUCCUGUGCCACGAUAUAGAAUACACAGAGAUGCGCCUCCCGAACCUGCUCGGGCACGAAACCAUGAAUGAAGUUCUGCAGCAAGCUUCGUCUUGGAUCCCGCUGAUUCAGAAGCAGUGUCACCCCGACACAAGAAAGUUCCUCUGCUCCCUUUUCGCUCCCGUCUGUCUGGACGAAAUGGACGAGCCCAUACAGCCGUGCAGGUCUCUGUGCGAGAACGUCAAGCACGGCUGCGCGCCCGUGAUGUCCGCGUUUGGCUUCCCUUGGCCUAAGAUGUUGGAGUGCGAUCGUUUCCCACUCGACAAUGACCUGUGCAUACCACCUGCCUCCAACGAGAACUUUGCGCCAGUCACCAAAGAAGUGCCCAGAGUGUGUGAUGCUUGCAAGGAAACAGAUGAAAACGACAACGAAAUUGUUGACAACCUGUGUAAGAAUGACUUUGCUCUGAAGAUCAAAGUUAAGGAGAUCUCCUACAUCAACGGUGACACCAAGAUAGUGCCGGAGACCAAGAGCAAGACCAUUUACAAGCUCAACGGUGUGACAGAGCGCGACCUGAAGAAGACGGUGUUGUGGUUGAAGGACGGCCUGCAGUGCAUCUGUGAGGAGAUGAACGACAUCAACGCCGCCUACCUGGUCAUGGGCCAGAGGAUGGAUGGCCAUCUGGUCAUCACCUCGCUGAAGCGCUGGCAGAAGGGUCAGCGCGAGUUUAAGAGGAUUUCCCGCAGCAUCCGCAAGCUGCAGUGCUAAGAAGGAAAAAAAAUAACUGCAUGUGCCACUGUUGAAGAAAAACAUUAGUUGAGCUCUUUUCAAUUAUCCAUUUCCAGUUGUCACUCAAGCUGCAAUUAUGGUUCAUAGAUUCCUCUCUAGAUUCCAGCAAAGAUGUUUCUUUGGCUUUAAAAAAACACACCAUUUCCUGUGUUUUCCAGUGUGUUUUUUAGUUCAAAUGCCCAAUAUCUUAAAGAAAAAGGCAAUAUAUAGCAUAUCUGGGGCUGGCUAACACAUUUAUUUGAUUCUGCAAUUACAACUGUUAUGGAUUGAGAGGUGCUAUUUCUGAAUAUGCUCAAGCUACAUUCAUCAGUAUUUUUAAACAGCUACAGAUUGUCUUCUGAGCAAGGCACACAUUUAUAUCUGGCACAGGCUCAGAUGUAAGCAAAUAUAGAAAGAAAAAAAAGUCACUUAAUUUGUAGCAAUGUGAGAUUUUGUGAAGUUCAUCCAUUGGCUCUCAUUCAUCUUGCACUUAGUGGGCUCUGGGCACCCCCUAGUGGUCAGUUUAAAAGCUGUGUGUCUUUGCUGUCACCUCAUUAAUUGCAGUUGAUUGCACUCAGCUGGUGUCCCAGGUGUAAAGGAAUCAUAAUUAUAUGGCCAGAGUGAAAACUAGCAGAGCUUUGAAUCCAGGAUUAAAAACGAUUGACCGGCAGAUGUUGCCUGCAGUGGGGGUGAGUUUAAGACAUUUUUUCUUUUUUUGUCUGGUAUUCCUUGGGAUCUUUCUGCUUCUGCACCAUUACCUUAAAAUGAAACUCCUCAAAAAAGGUUAAAUCAUCAGCAGCUGUUUGUUUAGGAUUAUUCAAAACUUCAAAAAUUAAAAAAAUUAAAACCUCACAAGAUUCAAAGACCUCAAGAUAGGACUCAAGGAAUAACACUCUGGUAUGAUAUUUUGGGAGAGUUUAAGUCUUCCUAAAUAGGGAACUUGCAUCCAAUCAAAAAUAUUUUCUAAAGACACAAUUACAAGAAUGGAUUCAUACUGUCUGGUACAUACAUAUUGAGUGUAGGUAGUGUGACAUUCAAAGACAAAACAAUGUGUGUUUUUGUAUUCCUUCCUGUUUUCUCAAUCAAAAAUGAGAAAUAGCUGGCUAUAUUCUCUUCCUGUUCAACAUUUUAAUAUUCUUGCUAAUCUGUUUUUUUGUACUUGAGCCACUGCAUACUUUUCUACCACAGUAUAAUUAAAAACAUGGUAUUUUUCUACUCCCAGACUUUCAUAUUUCAUUUAAACUUUUAAUGUUCAGUUUUGGUUUGCAUUUUCAUCCUGUUGUUUUGAUGAGUGACACAAGUUAUAUUUUUAGGUAUUACUGAUGAACUUUGGUUGGUAGUGUUGAUUUCAUGAGAAGUAACUUGUUAAGCGCAAAUAAUCAUGUGGUCGUGUGUGUGUUUGUGUGUGCGCGCGCAAUGUAAAGUAUUUUUUGAAAGUAUUACUGUGUAAAUAUCAAAUACUGUCUUUUAUUCUUGUAUAAA